UUUGAUAAUCUCUCAAUUCCCCUUUCUUCUCCAGCUGUCUUUGAACGCGCUCUCACGCGUAGAAUUGUCUCCUCCCUCCCUUUGUGGUCGCCCACUAUAUAAUCUCUUCCCCUCUUUCCUUCCCUCCUUAGCAGAGUGCAGGCCUUUUCCCUUCAUUCUGCAUCUGUAUAAUCAGAUAUAAAAUCCCAAAAAUUCCAGAAUUACUUUUUUUAAAAAAGAGUUUGUGUUUGUAUACUUUAGUGUAAAUUCAAGAAAAGGGAUUUGUACGGUUUACACGGUUACAGCUUGCUCUGAAGUUUCAAGUUUUUUCAACCCCAGAAGAAGAAAAAAAAAACAGAGCAAGAAAUAAAGAAAGAAUGCCGUCGUUGGAGGAGGAAUUGUUCCCGUCGACGCCCGGAAAGUUCAAAGAUAAAGGAGGGCACGGCAUGAACCGGCAGUUCCACCGGUGCUUCGCUUCCACGAGCACGAUGUUCCUUUGGGCUCUGUUCUUGAUUGCUCUGACGGCUUCGUAUCUGAGUUUCCAAUCGUUUAUGGAUUCCGGCACCCGUUAUUUCUCGUCGACCUGGGGUGGGAUCCAUUGGGAGAAACAGGUCCGUAAUUCCGCCCAGAUCCACCGGCCCAACGGGUUCUCCGUCCUCGUCACCGGCGCCGCGGGAUUCGUCGGGUCCCACGUCUCUCUGGCGCUGAAGAAACGGGGAGACGGCGUCGUCGGCUUCGACAACUUCAACAAUUACUACGACCCGUCGUUGAAGAAAGCGAGAAAGGCCCUUUUGAACUCCCACAACGUUUUCAUCGUUGAAGGUGAUGUGAACGACGCCAAAUUGCUGGCCAAGUUGUUCGACAUUGUGGCUUUUACCCACGUGAUGCAUCUGGCCGCCCAGGCCGGCGUCCGAUACGCGAUGGAGAAUCCCCAUUCUUAUGUCCACAGCAACAUCGCCGGCCUUGUCACCCUUCUGGAAGCCUGCAAGACCGCCGAUCCUCAGCCGGCGAUUGUCUGGGCCAGUUCCAGUUCCGUUUACGGGUUGAAUGAAGACGUCCCGUUUUCCGAAUCGGAUCGUACUGACAGACCCGCUUCUCUCUACGCUGCCACGAAGAAAUCCGGCGAGGCCAUCACCCACACUUACAAUCACAUCUACGGGUUGAGCAUUACCGGGUUGAGGUUCUUCACGGUGUACGGACCUUGGGGGAGACCCGACAUGGCGUAUUUCUCCUUCACCAAGAGUAUUCUGCAGGGGAAGCCGAUUACAGUUUACCGGGGCAAGAAUCGGGCUGACUUGGCCCGGGAUUUCACUUACAUUGACGAUGUGGUCAAAGGCUGUGUGGCGUCGUUGGACACGGCGAAGAAGAGUACUGGAUCCGGCGGGAAGAAACGGGGCCCGGCUCAGUAUCGGAUCUUCAACCUGGGCAACACGUCGCCGGUGACGGUUCCGAUGAUGGUAGGGAUACUGGAGAGACAUCUGAAGGUGAAGGCGAAGAAGAACUUCUUGGACAUGCCCGGAAACGGCGACGUUCCGUUCACCCACGCCAACAUCACCUUUGCCCGAAGAGAACUCGGGUAUAAACCCACAACCGAUUUGCAAACCGGGUUGAAGAAAUUCGUCAAGUGGUACCUCGCAUAUUACGGCUACAAUCAAGGCAGCAAGUCUGUAAAGCUAUGACAGGAGUAAUCAUUUUUUUUUUUUUUUACCUUUUCUUUUAAUUGAAAUUUUUUCACUGUAUUUUAGAUUUACUUUUUUCUUUUUCACGAUAAACAUGAAAGGAAUGGAGGGUAGAAAUUCCUUGUAAUCUUCUCAAAAAUGGGAAAAAAAAAGAAAAAGGAAAAAAAAAAGAAAAAAAGAAAAGAAGAAGGGAUAGAUAUAUUCUUUUCUUGAGGAUGAGGAUGUGUGAAGGAGUGUGAUGAAGAUUGACUCCUUUUUUUCCUCACUUUUUUUUUUAGAGUUUUACUUCUACUUUUGUGUUUGUAAAGGAUAUCGAAUUAUCAAAUCAAAGCUCAUUUUUACCAUUUCACUGACUUACAUUGGCUGUCUUCUGUUUCACUAUUCUUGAAUGAUAUUGCUAAUUUACUUUCCGAUCAUGGCACACUUCCCAAAAGUGGUUAAAUUUUUCUUUUGCAAUUUGCAGCUCCACCCACGCUUUGGCUAUUUUAAUUACUUUGCACCAGUUUUUUUU